AUGGACGACUCUUACGCCAUAGCUCAGCCCUAUGCCGACUAUUACGAAAGCAUAUUCCGAGAGGUCUUCGAUAUCAUUUUUCAAUUUUUGAAACACCCAUUUUUAGUUCAAUCCUCGCGGUCUUCCUACAGUUCCAGCAGGUGAAGCCGCCGCUUUUUUGAAACGAUCGAAUCUUCCGAUGCCAGUUCUCGGACAAGUUGUUUCAUCCCAUUGUCCCUGAUUAUUUUAUAAUUUUCAGAUUUGGGAGCUCGCUGAUCAAAGAAAAAUUGGAGCCUUGGACAAGAGAGGAGCUUAUGUCGCGUUCAAACUUGUGGCUGCGGCUCAGAAUGGUCAGCUUUGUUUUCAUUUUCUAUUUUAUUUUCAGCAGUUCCCUAUUUUUUUUGAUCAUUUAUCUGCUCUAGGCAAGCCAUUAAACUCUCCGGGCCUGUUGUACGACUCCAGUUUGGGCAUGCCGAAGUUCGGUCUUCCGAUGGGUUCUCCAGCUCCUCCUGGAGGCUCUUUUCAACAUUCACCGGUUUCUGCCGCUCAGUGGGCCAUUCCGCAACAAGAUCAGGUACUGAAAAGUCGAAAAAGGGUUAAUAGGAACAAACAGAAAAAUAGUAAAGGAAAUGGUUCUGGAAGAAGAUCCAAAAUAUAGUGAAAAUUCCACUAUCUGCUUUUUUUAAAAAUUUUAUCAGCAAGGUAGAACUAUCAAUUUUUCAAAAAACUCUUAAUAAUCUAAAAACUUUUUCAUCUUCAUUAUGAUAGAAAUCUGAACUCAAAAAUGACUUUUGAAAUGAAGAGUUUUUUUCUCUUUUCAGGCCAAGUACGAUUCGAUCUUUGCCUCGCUAGGUCCAGUUAACGGAAAAGUAUCUGGAGUCGCUGUCCGACCGGUCCUCCUGAAUUCUGGCCUCGACGGCGUCUCUUUGGCCCGUAUUUGGGAGCUUUCUGAUCAGGUUAGAAGUUGUUGGAUUGUUAUUCGGUCUGUGUAACCUGAUACGUCGUGCAUAUUUCAUGAGGAGCGCUGUUCUCACCGGGAAACUUUGGGAUCGUUUUUGAGAAUCGAGAGUUUGCAAAUUGGAAUGAUUUCAAAAAAGCUUCUUCAAAAAACCAGAAACCAAAAAAAUUUUGGGUAUACUCUGUGAAUUUUAAUUGUUUAAAAACAGAAAAAAAGUUAAGGUUAUAGAAUCUUCCGGACUUAUAAAUUUUUCCAUGUUUUUCUUUAGAAAAAAAUCCUGCUCAGAGAUCGUAUUCAAGAAAGAGAGAAAAUGAUAUUCCGCCAUUUCUCUGAAAUUUGCUGGGAAUUCAUCGAUUUCAACUUUAUCUAAAUUAAUGAAGUUUCAUAAAAAGAUUCGGAUAGGGGAGAAAAAUUGGGUGAAAAAAACACUGAUUAAAGUCAUUUUCGAGCUUCAGGAUAAUGACGCAAACUAAUUUCCCACUUUAUUGCAGGUUUUCUAACAAACCAUAGAGAACCGAAUUUGUUAGAGCUCGGUUUUUUGUGAUAGUUUCAUUUUAAGGACAAAGAUGGGCAGUUGGAUCGGAUAGAAAUGUCGAUUGCUCUGCACCUCGUUUACAAGUUUGUUUUCCAUUUUCGAACUCUUGCCAUUUUUGAUUCCUUGAAGGGCUCUGCAAAACGAGCCGAUUCCCUCGGAACUACCAUCUUCUCUCAUUCAUCCUAGCAAGGUUUUUAUUUUCACUCUCCGUCUUUCCAAAAAUCUCUUUCUUCAGGCCAUGUUGGUGCGACGAACUUCGAAUGCCGGAUCCUUGACCGGCGUCCCUGCCUAUCCGCCUCGACCUCUUUUCGGUUUUUAUCAAUUUUUUUAAUCAAAAAUAAGCUAAAAUGUAUGAAAAAUGAUAAGAAGUUGUGAUUAGGCACUUCGAAUUUUCUUUAAAGUUGUUCAGAAAAGUUAUGAAAAGGAACCGCCUCUAGUUGGUUUUCUUUUUGCUUUUUUUCGAGGCAGAUAUGCGAUUGUUAAUAAGUUUGGCAAAGAGCACAUGAAAGAAAAGGGGAGAUUGAUCAUUUUUUUGAAAGUAAGCCAGACAUCGUUCGUAAAAUUCUCACAAAGCCAGCGUUUCAAACUUUUCUUGGUGAAUUAUUUUUCCCAAUCCUGGAUGAAGGCUGAACAGAAUAUUUUAGGAAGUCGCGCCGGUUCGGUGACUUCACUGGACGAGGGAAAUUCCGGUGGUUUUUCGACGCUUCCGAAGCCGGCGGCCCGUGCCGUUUCUGUUCAGCCGUCGCAUUAUAUGGUGAGAUUCUACCAGAAUUAUUCGUUUUUCGCUCGAGUACAUUCAAAAUCAACAAGUUUGACUUCAGAAUGGUCAAAAUGGCAGGACCAGUGGCUGUUCGACGCCCCUCGGAUCGAUAAACCGGGAAGUCGGCGCUCUUACAGGUUUUUUCAGUCUUUUUUUUUUAAAAGGAGUUUAUGAUUUCACUACUUUCUCAAAGUUUUUCCGAUUAAUUUUGAUAAGGGGCAACUUUUUUUAUGACCAGGUCAUGUAUCAUCUCUGAAUUUCUCAAAAAUUAAAAGAUUUUUAGUCAUAACUAAGUUUCAGCAGCUGCGUGACAGAUAAUUUCCUUUUUGCAGUUUUUUUCAUCAGGAAUAUAAAAUAAAACAUGCUAUUUCAUUUUUGUAGAAGGGUUUUUACUGGCGUAGCUUUUCAAUAGACUUGUCGCAAUUUCGCAUGUUAGUAACAGACAAAGUUGAGGUUCGGUUUCGGUGAGUUCUCUGACGGAGAACGGCCACGACUGGCCAGUCUCGACCGCAGAGCACGAGGCGCUGUUCUCAAUGUGCGACGGCGACCACGACGGCUUCGUCAGCGGCGCCGACGUCAAGGGACCUCUUCUGGGCACCGGUUCGUUUCAAUUAUUUCCGAUUUCUUUUGUACAAAUGAAAAAUGGACAGUUUCAUUAAAGUUUCAAGGUCCAUCCCGUAGAUGGGCAGACCUUAUCUAAAAGCCGCCAUUCCCUACUCCCAAGUCUUGGUUUCACUCGUUAUUUUGGUAAAUUCUCGUAAGUCAAUCCUUUUUUCUGGAAAAAUUAAGAUCUCCACUUGUCCAUGCAUAGAUCAUCUACCAAAAUACAUCUAUUUCAAGACUUCUUCAUGUUGAUAAGUAAAUAAACCUAUCCACACAUCUUCUUCUUACACCAUUGUACCACUUUAGUGGCAUCGGCGCCUAGAGUCGCUAAAAAAGGCUCUCUUCUGAUAUCAGGGAUGAUCUGGCUCUAACAUAUUCGCCCGUGUGUGGGACGGCUUAAUUUAAAAUUAAAAUGCCGUGGUUUUUCACUACCUAAAUUUCUCAAACCUCUUAUUUGGGUCACGUUGUGGAUUGAACUUGCGCCCCUGUGGACCGUAGACCCACAACAGGUUUAAUUAAGAUCUCGCCUUUCCAGUUCAUAUAAUGGGACGUCGAAAGUUCAAUUGUAAAAAUUUUAUUUUUUCAAUUUCCAAAGAACUUUGAAGGUCUGUCUCCUCAAAUGCUCGCCCACGUUUGGUCGCUCGUCGACAGCAAACGAAUCGGACGGCUCAAUUUGGAGCAGUUCGCCCUAACGUAUGUAUUUUAGAAGAGUAAACUGUCUAGUGAUUUCUUGCCCUUUCAGAAUGUUCCUCGUACAAAUGGCAAAAAGAGGAGAGACGCUUCCCCAAGAACUUCCUCACUAUCUGAUUCCGCCGUCGAUGAGACCGCCGAUCCCUUCAGUGGCCGCUCACGUCCUCCAUUCGGUUCGUCCUUUUCUAUCUUUUGUUGGGAAAACCUUUCAUAUAGACUUUUAACAAAAAAUCUUGUGCUGAAAUCCUUUUUUUGAACUCGUUCAACCUUUUGAAACGCGACUUUCUUUCAAUCAGGAAAUUUUGAGCCAUAUUCUUCGGAUUAGUAUGAAGUUCUAACGCGCCCAAAAAGCUUCAAAAAUCUCGGUUGAUUUUUUCGCAAGAAAAAUUUUGAUUAAAAUAAGUUCGAAAGAUGAAUUAACAUGAUGACGGAGAGCAUCAAUGAGAUUUGAGUCCAGCAUUCAAGUUUUGCUUCGAUUUUAACGGUAAUAUAUCAUUUUCAGUGUAAGGUACAGGAAAUUAGAAGCACGGGAAAGUGAAUUAACAAGAUAAACAUUAAAUGAAAGGCGGCGGAAGCAAAAUUUUUCAAACUUAAAUUUUUUCUUCAAAUUCGGAUCCAGGAGCACAACCAAUCGGUUUCAACUCCUCAACUGCCCGAGGCGACUUCGAUGGAGAUCAAAGAAGCUUUGGAAUGCGAAAACGAAGAAAUGCGGCAACUCGCCGAGGCCAUCCAGUCUAUGCAGGCUGAUCGAAGGUUCCUUUCCUCUUCUUCCAUCUUUUAUUCAGAAGCUCUUUUCAGAAAAGCCGAGGAGAAUAUUGUGCAGCUCGAGGCGGACAUGACCAUCAAAAACUCGCGAAUCAAGAAUUUACAGGUGAUUUAUACCUGGAGGUAACGAAUAUGAGAACUGCACAAAACUUGGUAACAUUGUCGGAAGCUUUCAAGUCUUUUUUUAAUUAAUUUUUUUCCAAAAAAAUAUAUAAAUUAUGAUACUCAUAUUUAAAAGUUUGAUAAGUUUAUUUCACAUUUUUUUGGCUUCAGAUUGAACUGACGACUUUGGAGGGAACCGUGAAACAGUUGGAACGACAGAAAGGAGAGGCCAAUAGACGAUUGGCUGAUUUCGACACUCAGGUCGGUCAGAAGACGAAAAAAAGAUUCCAGGGAGCUUUUUUUAUGACAUGCGGUUGUACCAAAAAAACGAAAGUAUUGGCAAAACUUUUUUUUUCAUUCUGAUCAAAAAAACUACUGAAAAAUAGUAGAUUUCAAAAAGAUGAUGGAAAAAAAGCUCUGAGAGGAUAAUUUAUUAAGCAUUCUUUAAUCUUAGAAUUCAUAAUAACCGCAUAUCGAUUCUGGAGAGAACGCGAAUAGAAUCAUCAUCCGAAAAUAAGUUGAAAAAUUAGGGAUCUUGCCGCCAAAUUUCCACUUGUUCUAUCAAAAUCUCUUUUUUUUUGUCAAAACCAAAAUUUUAUGUAAGCUGAAGGAUAAAAAUUGAAGGAAAAAAAAACAAUAUUAUAAUUUGAAGACGUAGUUUAACGAUGCCUGAAUUCAUAGGCCUCUUUGAAUAGCUCUUUUUAUUGAUUUUUUUAAUUAUCGAAUUUUUUCUGAGAUAAUUAGUUAGCGGAUCUUGUGACAACACUUGUUUUUUUUUUUCGCGAUUGAAAGAUUUUCAAGGCAAGAGUUCCAUCGAAUAGUUCUUCCUUUACUGUUCUGAUGCUCAUUUUUACGUCUUUGGCUUUUUUUUCCACCCGGAUUGUUUUUUAUUAUUGAGUCUACUUUUCUAAUGUGGAGCAGAAAAAAAAAAUUCAGAUUGAACAAUUGAAAGCAGCCUGCGACGCCCAAAGAGAGAAAAAGUCGGACACUGAGACGCGGAUGACGCAGAUCCAGGAGGACGCGCGGGCGGGCGAGGAGACCCGCACUGUUCGUUUUUCAUUCAUCCAUUUUUCGGGUCUAAAGUUUCAAAUAACGUUUAAAAAUUCCCCUGAGAAAUGUUAAAUGUUACACAUGUGAGCAUGGAUCAUUUCGGGUAGGCUCUGAGAAAAUCAGCUUCUUCUUUUUUUAAAGAGUUUUCUUCCAAUUAUUUGCUGAAAAAAAUCUUCUACUUGAAACCGAUUUUCAAACUAAUCCUCAAAAAAAAAACUAGAUCUUUAUACACUUUUUUUCCUUCAGUGAUGAUAAUUAUCUCAACAUAAGUUGAAUUUUUGAUUCAGAAAGACCUGGAAGAGAUGGAAGCGCUGAAGAACGACAUCGCCCAGAUGGAGAUGGAGCUGAACGGUCUGAACGGUUUGAUGACGAAUGAAAAGGCCGAAAGAGAGAAAAUCGUGGCGGAAGAAACUGCGGUAGACGCCGUCUAGAUAGACCUUCAAAUUGAACUCCUUUUGUAGCUUGAGAUCCAAGAAGCACGCGACAAAGCCCAGGAAGCGCGACUGAAAGAAGCGAUUGCUAGUACAAACGCGGCGAACGAAGCUCUCGUCAAGGCCGUCGAGGGCGGCGACGUCGCCGAGUUCGUCACAAAGAAUCCGGCGGCGCUGCACACCCACGCCGACGAGUCUUUGGUUUGACGACGUCUUCCGGAAAACUCUCAUUCUGAUGUGCAGAUGUCGGACGCCACCGUCUACACCGAAGCUUCGACGUCUUCUAGUUCUGCCGGCCACGUGACGCAGACGCCCUUCGGACCGACUCCCACUCAUUCGCAGCCUUUCCAGCCCGAUCCGCGUAUGUAUUCCUGCGUAAAAGAUGAAAUCUGACUUUGUGGAGUUUUACGGGCUUGAAGUUUUAGCUCGAUCUGACUUUGGGCGGCUAAAAAACAGAGGGAAAACUUUAUAAAUGUAAAAAAGAUACUCAUUUUAUUUUGAAUGAUAAUUGAACCAUCAAAAAACAGAAUUUACCUGAUAGGAUAACAUUGACAAAAAAAUCUCAAUAUAAGUUCUGAUUUGUCAGUAAAGCCUAAUAUAACCGCAUUUCCAAACCCCAAAACGAAGUGGCUUUUUUUCAAACAAAAAAAGAACGGCGGUGGAGCAACAAAUAAAGUUUAUUUAAUUAAUUAUAACUGGUAAUGUUUUUUUCUAUAUUUCCAAUGUCUCAAAGAAACUUUUUCAGACUUCCCAACGGAUCCUUUCGCGCAGGCUGAUCCGUUCGCCUCGACGCCGUCGGCAGCUUUUGGCACGGCUUUCCCGGCGGAUCCGUUCUCUUCGGCUUUUCCGGCGGAACCCUUCGGCGGCGACUCACAUCCGACUCCGCCCAAAGCCGCUGCAGCACCGCCACCUCGGCCUGCGCCGCCGAAAUCGGCACGACAGACUCCUGUCACCGAUCCGUUUGGGUAAAUUAGUUCUCAGUUGCUCAGUUCAAUCACUGAUUGUUUGAUUAUAGGCAAAAAAAAACCAUAUCUUGGCGUUAGAAUAUUUAUACUCUACGGAUCUAUGAACAGGCAAACUUGAAGAAUUAUAUAACCGGGAAUUGCAAUCAGAAAGCGGUCAAGCUAACUCGGGAACGCCAGAGUGGUCCCUGUAGAGGUAGCCUUAGGAGCCCUUUAAGGUCCUCUUUAACUCCCUCUAUAGGGUUCACUGAAGCUUGCCAAAACUGUCCUUAUAUGAGUUUAGUUUUUGGCCUCUAUAGGGGGAGCAUGACAGUCAUUUAUUGCCAUGAACCUAUAAGAGGAAUUAUUUUCAUACGAAAAACUUGGCGUUUUUUAUAGUAAAAAGGAUAUCAACAGAAGAAUGAUAGAUCAAAUUUGAAAUGUGUCUUCAUAGUUUUAAAAUCUGAAAAAAAGUAUUGAAAGGCUCUUCCUAGAGACCUCUUAAGCUUAUAGUCAUACCCUAAACAGCUGCGAGGAUUGGGACCAUCUAAAUUUUACCCCUACAGUGGUCACUUUACUGUCCUCUAUAGGGGCUGUUUUCUAAUAGCCCAUACUGGGACAACCUUGGCAAAGAGAAAAAAAAAAGUCAAAUCUUUCUAAUGCUCAAACCACAAAUCAAUCAAUUAUUUUUCAGAGCAGAGGCCCCGGCGCCGAAUGCCAAUUUUGCGAACUUUGCCGAUUUCGGAGCCGCUUUCAAUUAG